AUGUCGCCCGAUCACGGAUCCUCGCGGUCGCGACGAGGAGUUUGGACUCACUGGGUGCCUCUUGCAGUUACACUUACAGUUGCUACUGUAGGCGUCGCUGCUUGGGUAUGGAGUCAGCGAAAAGACGAGGAUGACGAAGACCGCCACCUAGACUACGACAGCUACGCUCACGAAGGCGACAACAAUCAACCCCACGGCUCGCGCGAUCUUCAAGGACCUGAGAAACCACCACGACCCGAUGAUCAAACCCAUGGAAUUGCGCUAGCGGACGAAGAAGCAGGCAAUGGAGGCUGGGGCUCGCGGGUUACUGGCGCUCUGCGACGAACACCGAGCCCGCAGCAGUUCUUCGAUUCGACAGGUAAGACUGUGGCGGCUGGUGUCGCGGCUGCGAGUGCAGCUAUGGGCAAGGCUUUGGCAUCCAUUCGAGAGGAGGACAAGAACCCCUUUGACGACACCAAUCCCUGGCAAGACGAAGCAGAUGCUAAGAAUGAACGAGCGCCCGCCGAUACGUCGUCUCCACUCAUCGGCGGCAGUAGGCGACGCAAGACGGUUGCGAUUGUGGUGUCUGCCGAGACGGGCGCCGUGCCUGAAGAGGAGGAUGCGUACCACGAACACGCCUCGAUCCUCUCCCACAUCCCUCGACACAUCGAUCAUUCCAAGGUUAAGCUAUUCGUUUUGAUUUACGCUCCUGGUCUCAAGGAACCUUCUAUGGAUACUGCUACUAGUAACCUUCCGCCAACUUCGCUCAGCUCUUCAUUUUCUAACAUUGGACACGAUCAAGUUCAAACUCCUGCUGAAGAAUCAAAGAACCAGCUCGAAUCCGCAAGCCCUGCCUUCAACUCCAUCUAUUCACAGGCUUUGGGCUUGGUUGAAAAGGAGACCAUGGUUCUACCUUUCACCACGCCUAAUGGUCAUGUUCACAUUCUGCGACACCUUCAACCGGAAGUCAUCUACCUGCAAAAGGCCCUUUCUGGCCAGGAUGGCAGUAUCAUCACUACCAUCCAGACCUGGCUUCGACAUGACGUCAUCCUCGUCGUCGGAGCAGAUGGUGGCUCUGGUGGUUUGGCUGAUAGUGAAUCCGAGGCUGAGAGGGCCGGAAAGCAUGUAGAGUGGUGGCAGCGCCCCGAAAGAGUUGGACGAGGACGUGGAGUUGUUGUUGUUGAUAGUAUAAGGCUGAAUGACGAUUGGGCGCGUCGAGUUCAAGGUCGCGAAUGA